GAAUUGUUCUGAGGUAUGGCUGAGAAGGAUGCCUGGGCUGAAACAAUAAGGAAGGAGAUUUCCUGGCUGCAGCUUGGAACAAUGAGCAUGGAAGGAAGCGUGGAGUUAACCAGGGAUCAGGGAGUGACUGCAAGACAGAGCAAGGGCAGCUUCCAGUGUGGGUCUGGGAUCGCAGAGGCCUUGUUGAAGGAAAGAGAUAAACAAGCAAAGUGGAAUGGGAUUCCCCUGCUGUUACAAAAGCUAUAUGAGCAUAGCCACCCAAACAGCGAUUUCUCCCAGUGCCAAAGCAUCUUAAAGGAAAUUUCUCCACUUCUUUCAAUGGAAGCCAUGGCAUUCGUGACAGAAGAUAGAAAAGCUGCUCAAGAGUCCACUUUCCCCAAUACAUACACGUUUGACUUGUUUGGAGGAGUUGAUCUUUUAGUAGAAAUUCUCAUGAGACCAACUCUUAUGACACAGAAAAAGAAACAAAAAAUAAGUGAUGACCUCAUCAAGGACUGUUUAAGCAUACUGUACAACACGUGUAUAUGUACGGAGGGAGUCACGAGGCGACUGGCAGAAAGAAAUGACUUUGUGCUCUUCCUGUUUACACUGAUGACAAACAAAAAGACAUUCCUACAAACUGCAACGCUCAUUGAAGAUAUCUUGGGAGUAAAAAAGGAAAUGAUACAACUGGAUGAUAUUCCUAAUCUUGCAAGCCUUGUGUCCAGUUUUGAUCAGCAACAGCUUGCAAACUUCUGCAGGAUCCUUGCUGUCACAAUUUCUGAACUUGACACAGGAAGCGAUGACAAGCACACACUUCUUGCAAAAAAUGCCCAGCAGAAAAAAAACUUGGGUCCUUCUCGAGCUGAAGUUAAUCAAGCUACGCUUCUGAAUAUACCAGGUUUCAUUGAACGAUUAUGCAAACUGGCAACACGGAAGGUGUCUGAAACAACAGGCACCUCCAGCUUCCUCCAGGAGCUAGAAGAAUGGUACACCUGGCUGGACAAUGCCCUCGUCCUUGAUGCAUUGAUGAGAGUGGCAAAUGAAGAGGCAGAGCAGAGCAGUACAGAGUCUUCCGAUGAAAGUGGUUUGGCCAACACCUCAACACGAACACAGCUUCCACAGUCUAUGAAGAUCAUGCACGAGAUCAUGUAUAAACUGGAGGUGUUGUAUGUUCUCUGUGUGUUGCUCAUGGGGAGACAAAGGAAUCAGGUUCACAAAAUGAUAGCAGAGUUCAAACUUAUUCCUGGCCUCAAUAAUUUGUUUGACAAGCUGAUCUGGAGGAAGCAUUCAGCAUCUGCUCUUGUUCUGCAUGGACACAAUCAAAAUUGUGACUGUAGCCCAGAUAUCACUUUAAAGAUACAGUUCCUGAGGCUUCUUCAGAGCUUUAGUGAUCACCAUGAGAACAAAUAUCUCCUUCUAAACAGCCAAGAACUUAAUGAGCUGAGUGCAAUCUCCCAUAAAGCCAACAUCCCUGAAGUUGAUGCAGUUGUCAACACAGACAGGAGUCUUGUCUGUGAUGGGAAGAGAGGUUUGUUGACCAGACUGCUUCAGGUCAUGAAGAAGGAACCAGCUGAAUCCUCCUUCAGGUUUUGGCAAGCAAGAGCAGUUGAAAGUUUUUUGCGAGGCACCACCUCCUAUGCAGACCAGAUGUUCCUGCUAAAGAGAGGACUUCUGGAGCAUAUUCUCUACUGCAUUGUUGAUAGUGAGUGCAAAUCACGGGAUGUGCUUCAGAGUUACUUUGACCUUCUGGGAGAACUGAUGAAAUUCAAUAUUGAUGCAUUCAAGAGGUUCAACAAGUACAUCAACACAGAUGAGAAGUUCCAGAUAUUUUUAAACCAGAUCAACAGUUCACUGGUUGACUCCAACAUGCUGGUUCGCUGCAUCACGCUGUCCCUGGACCGAUUUGAGAACCAGUCUGAUGCUAAAGUUGCAGAAGUCCUGUCAGAGUGCCGCCUGUUAACAUACAUGUCCCAGAUGUCCAUGAGAAUGUCCUUUCUUUUCCGUCUCAUUAAUAUUAUUCAUGUACAGACACUUACACAGGAAAAUGUCAGUUGUUUGAACACAAGUUUAGUUAUCCUAAUGCUGGCCCGGAGGAAAGAAAAGCUACCAUUUUAUCUGCGCACUUUGCAACAGAUGGAAUACACAGAAAAAUAUCCAGGCUUCAUCCUGAACAACUUCCACAGUCUUCUGCGAUUCUGGCAACAGCAUUACCUCAACAAGGAUAAAGACAGCACCUGCUUAGAAAAUAGCUCAUGUAUUAGUUUUACCUACUGGAAAGAGACUGUAUCUAUACUGCUCAGUCCAGACCGGACGUCCCCCUGUGCCAUAGUUAGCUACAUCGACGAGGCAUAUAUGGACAUUGACAGAGACUUUUCUGAGGAGUAAUUCUUCGCUCUGGCUUCUGAUGGGCAGCGCUCGGAGGGUACCUCUCAGCCCGUGGAUUUUCAGGGAUACGCUGUGCUGUGUGUGUGUGCGGCUCGGAACCGCGGAGCGUCACCGCCUUGUCCAAACCCCAUCCCUAUCUCUGACCUCUGAUGGAUGAGACUUUGAAAGCUCUCUGGGUUCACAUUCAGGGAUGUAUUUUCCAGUUCUGGGAUAAAAAGAAUCACCUGCAAAAAAUUGAUCCCCC